UCUGGCUCGACAGUGUAAACUAUUCUAAAAUAGCAACAGACCAUGUUAUCUAUCUCCUUUCCAACUUUUCAUCAACAUUAUUGGAUACAAUCAGGGUACCGUUCUUCCCCACAAAACAUCAUAUCAAAAAGCAAUGAAAAGCCAAUCUAGCCUAACCUUACUUUAUGUGUACAUAUAUGCCCAAAGCUCACAAGUCAGAUCCUACUUUCACUAUCAAGUGGAGUAUAAAAGGUUAAAAAUACUAAUUAAUUCAGAUUCCAAUAACCAAAGUGGAUAAACAUGAAGACUCCAUCAUAUUAUCCUACUCAAAAAGUAUAGCAGGUAUAGAUUUGUGAAAUGAGGUAAGAAGCAUGUAUUGGCAGGCAGUUCAAAUAAGUUGUGAUUCGAUUUUGACAGUGGAUGAAAUGAUUUAGUUAGAAUUGUCAACUAUAUAUUUUGAUGGCUAUUCCAAAGUUGGCCAAGAAAGGUUAGGACUUUGUAAGGAGAAAAGAGGAAAACGGGUAAAAGAUUAUAGUGGGGAAUCAUAAGCUUGAAAGGGGGCUAACAGUGAAGAUGACCUGAGCAUUGUUCCCUACAGAACCAAGCAUCACUAGGUGGGGUUACUAAUUGGGAUGACAUAAAAUAAACAUCCUAUCUAACUUCCAUUACACUCUGAUACACUUAGUUUUUUCUUCUUUUGAAAUAACCUUAAAAAGGAUUCCAGUAAGUCUUUUCUUAUCUACUCAACUUCACUGGACAUUAGAAUUACUCAUCUGAGUUUAGGAAGAAAUGAUGAUUGAGGGAGAUCAAACAAGUCUUACAACAGCAACCAAGGAACAACCAGGCGAAGUGAUUGACAGAGAUAAGAACAUCGAUGAUGGAAGCGAAGAUGACAGCCCCAAAGAGUGGUUAAACCUGAGCUUAGGAGGCACUUCACUCUCAACAGCUGGAGACCCUGAUUCACAAUCAAGACCAACCAAAGUUUUUUCAUGCAAUUUUUGCUUGAGAAAGUUCUUUAGUUCACAGGCAUUAGGAGGUCAUCAGAACGCUCACAAAAGGGAACGAGGUGCAGCAAGAAGAUAUCAAUCUCAGAGUCAGAGGACGAUGGCACUAAUGGGCCUGUCCGUGAACAAUCCAAUGCUUCGAUCACUUGGUGUCCAAGCCCAUUCACUAGUGCACAAGCCAUGCAGAAGUGGAACUAUGGUGGCGCCAAGCUUUCAAGAAGCAUAUGCAGCAGGGCUCGGAAUGGCAGGUACACCUUUCAUGUCUGAGGAUCAUACUAAUCAGGUGUGGCCAGGCAGCUUCCGUAUGGUUCCACAACAGCCCCAGCCACCACAGGAGACACUAAAGCUUGAUUUAGACCUCAGACUCUGAAGAAGAAAAAAAUCCUCCCCUUGGAGUUUUAUCUUACUUUUCGGCCUUAAGAGCUUUUUCAUUGAUCUAAGCAAGAAAAAUACUCCCAUCAAAAGAAAUAUAAGCAGGAAACUUACCUGGAAGAGUCAAAUAACUCAGUAGAAGCAAAUGGUACUGUAUAGUUAUCAUAGGAAAUUUAGAGAUUUAUAAUCUCCACCGUCUGUACAUGAGUACAUGUUGAGCACUAUAAAAACCAAAUUAUAACACCCUAGUUGUCCUUUGUAGUUCCUUGAUGCUUCAAGUAA